GUGCUCAGGAGGAGUGACACGUGCUGAAGAAGAAGAAGAAGAAGAAAAAAAAAGAAAAAGAAAAAAAAAAACCAAAAACAAAACAAAGAAACAAACAAAAAGAAAACAAAUAAAAUUACAAUAAAUAAAAUAAUAACGCGCACAUCCGGGAGUUUAAUUUUUAGUUUUUUAUUGUAAAUAUUUUUAAGAAGGAGUUUUGUUUUCUAAUUUUACUUGAACUGGGAAGAAUUUAACCCACUUCUUGGCAACCAUGGGAAGAGGAGAAGGACGAGAGCAGUAUGAGCUGGCUGCAACCUCAGAGCAGGGCGGCAAGAAGAAGGGGAAGGGGAAGAAAAAAGAGAAGGAUAUGGAUGAACUGAAGAAGGAAGUGGAUAUGGAUGAUCACAAACUGACGCUGGAUGAGCUCAAUCGCAAAUAUGGAACAGACCUCAGCAAUGGUUUGACUAGCGCAAAAGCUGCUGAGAUUCUGGCCCGCGAUGGGCCCAAUGCUCUUACUCCUCCUCCAACCACCCCUGAGUGGGUCAAAUUCUGCAAACAGAUGUUUGGUGGUUUCUCCAUGUUGCUGUGGACUGGUGCCAUCCUCUGUUUCCUGGCGUAUGGUAUUCAGGCUGCAAUGGAGGAUGAGCCGGCAAAUGAUAAUUUGUACCUAGGUGUUGUGCUCUCUGCUGUUGUCAUCAUCACUGGUUGCUUCUCCUACUAUCAAGAGGCCAAGAGCUCCAAAAUCAUGGAUUCUUUCAAGAACCUGGUCCCACAGCAAGCCCUGGUUGUCCGCGAUGGUGAGAAGAAGAGCAUUAACGCAGAGGAGGUGGUGGUUGGUGAUUUAGUGGAGGUGAAAGGUGGUGACAGGAUUCCCGCUGAUCUGAGAAUUAUCUCUGCCCAUGGCUGCAAGGUGGAUAAUUCCUCCCUAACCGGUGAAUCAGAGCCUCAGACUCGUACUCCCGACUUCUCCAAUGAGAACCCACUGGAAACCAGGAACAUUGCUUUCUUUUCCACAAACUGUGUUGAAGGAACUGCCCGUGGUAUUGUGAUCAGCACCGGAGACCGCACCGUAAUGGGUCGUAUUGCUACUCUAGCAUCUGGGCUUGAAGUUGGACGCACCCCCAUCUCCAUCGAAAUCGAACACUUCAUCCACAUCAUCACUGGCGUGGCAGUCUUCCUCGGUGUGUCCUUUUUCGUUCUGUCCCUCAUUCUUGGAUACAGCUGGCUGGAAGCCGUCAUCUUCCUCAUCGGUAUCAUUGUCGCCAACGUGCCAGAAGGUCUCCUGGCCACUGUCACUGUGUGUCUGACCCUGACUGCCAAGCGUAUGGCCAAGAAGAACUGCCUGGUGAAGAACUUGGAAGCUGUCGAGACCCUGGGCUCAACCUCCACCAUCUGUUCAGACAAAACUGGCACUCUUACCCAGAAUAGGAUGACUGUGGCCCACAUGUGGUUUGACAACCAGAUCCAUGAAGCUGAUACAACAGAGAACCAGAGCGGCACCUCCUUCGACAGGAGCUCGGCCACCUGGGCCGCUCUGGCCAGAAUCGCUGGACUCUGCAACCGUGCCGUCUUCUUGGCUGAGCAGGCCAAUGUUCCCAUCCUGAAGAGAGAUGUGGCCGGUGACGCCUCAGAGUCUGCUCUGCUUAAGUGUAUUGAGCUUUGCUGUGGAUCAGUCCAGGAAAUGAGAGGGAAAACCCCUAAGAUUGCUGAGAUCCCCUUCAACUCCACCAACAAGUACCAGCUUUCCAUUCACAAGAAUUCUGAGUCUGAUGAUGAAUCCAAGCACCUGCUGGUGAUGAAAGGAGCCCCAGAGAGGAUUUUGGACCGCUGCGCCACCAUCAUGAUGCAGGGAAAAGAGCAGCUUCUGGACGACGAGAUGAAAGAUGCUUUCCAGAACGCCUACCUAGAACUGGGAGGUCUCGGAGAGAGAGUGCUAGGUUUCUGCCAUUUCAACCUGCCUGAUGAUCAGUUCCCAGAAGGCUUUGCUUUUGACACUGAUGAGGUGAACUUCCCCACUGAGAACCUGUGCUUCAUCGGCCUCAUGUCCAUGAUCGACCCUCCUCGUGCUGCAGUACCCGAUGCUGUGGGCAAAUGCAGGAGUGCUGGAAUCAAGGUUAUCAUGGUGACAGGUGAUCAUCCAAUCACAGCUAAGGCCAUUGCUAAGGGUGUGGGUAUCAUCUCUGAAGGCAACGAGACUGUUGAAGACAUCGCUGCACGUUUGAAUAUUCCAAUCAAUGAAGUAAAUCCAAGAGAUGCCAAAGCCUGUGUCGUGCACGGCGGCAACCUGAAGGAUCUGACCCCAGAGCAGCUCGAUGACAUCUUAAAGUAUCACACUGAGAUUGUGUUUGCCCGAACCUCCCCGCAGCAGAAACUGAUCAUCGUGGAGGGCUGCCAGAGACAAGGUGCAAUCGUGGCCGUGACAGGUGACGGUGUGAACGACUCUCCUGCUCUAAAGAAAGCCGACAUCGGCGUUGCCAUGGGUAUUGCCGGAUCCGAUGUCUCCAAGCAGGCUGCUGACAUGAUCCUGCUGGACGACAACUUUGCCUCCAUCGUCACUGGAGUGGAAGAAGGUCGUCUGAUCUUUGAUAACCUGAAGAAGUCCAUCGCCUACACUCUGACUAGUAAUAUCCCUGAGAUCACGCCCUUCCUCUUCUUCAUCAUUGCCAGCAUUCCUCUGCCUCUCGGAACAGUCACCAUCCUCUGUAUUGACCUGGGAACUGACAUGGUGCCUGCCAUCUCUCUGGCUUAUGAAGCAGCUGAGAGCGACAUCAUGAAGCGACAGCCCCGAAACCCCAAAACAGAUAAACUAGUGAACGAGAGGCUCAUCAGUAUUGCAUAUGGACAAAUCGGAAUGAUCCAGGCGCUGGCAGGCUUCUUCACAUACUUUGUGAUCUUGGCUGAAAACGGCUUCCUGCCUUCCACCCUGGUUGGAAUCAGAGUGGACUGGGAUAAUAAAUAUCUUAAUGACCUGGAGGACAGUUAUGGACAGCAGUGGACUUACGAGCAGAGAAAGAUUGUGGAGUUCACCUGCCACACAGCAUUCUUCGUCAGCAUCGUCAUUGUGCAGUGGGCUGAUCUGAUCAUCUGCAAGACCAGGAGGAACUCUGUAUUCCAGCAGGGCAUGAAGAACAAGAUUCUGAUCUUUGGGUUGUUUGAAGAGACCGCCCUGGCUGCCUUCCUCUCCUACUGCCCAGGCAUGGACAUCGCUCUCAGAAUGUACCCUCUCAAGCCCAACUGGUGGUUCUGCGCCUUCCCAUACUCCCUGCUUAUCUUUAUCUAUGAUGAAAUCCGUAAACUGAUCCUCAGACGCAGCCCAGGAGGCUGGGUGGAACGGGAAACUUAUUAUUAAAGACCCGUCAGUCCAAUCAGUUCGCAUCUUCUCCUCCACUCCCAUCUUUGCAUGAAUAUUGUCUUGCUGCUCGGAAUAAAAAUUUUAACCUCUGUGAAAAUAAAUUGGAACGUGUUUUUAUAUUAGGGAAUGCUUGAUACUACUAUUAGAAAAAUACUGAGAUGGAACGUGCUGAUGAUGUUGAUAAAUGAUAAUGCUAGUAAUGACAUGAACACUGAACAUUGACAUGACUAUGCGUGCCUUGUUUAUGAAACAGGACCAAUUUUAUACAUGUUUUUAACAGUUAUAAACGUUCAAUAAAAAUGCGCUCGAGUCAGGUCCCA